GCCUCUUCGGGACUAACUCAUGAAGAACAAGGGUGCCAAGCAGAAGUUGAAACGAAAGGGAGCCACCAGUGCGUUCGGCUGUGACCUGACGGAGUAUCUGGAAAGUUCAGGACAGGAUGUUCCAUAUGUCUUGAAGAGCUGUGCAGAGUUCAUAGAGACCCAUGGCAUUGUGGACGGGAUCUACCGGCUCUCAGGGGUCACCUCAAACAUACAGCGGCUAAGGCAAGAGUUUGGCUCAGAUCAAUGUCCAGAUCUGACAAGAGAGGUAUACCUCCAAGACAUCCACUGCGUGGGCUCCCUCUGCAAGCUCUACUUUAGGGAGCUGCCUAACCCCCUCCUGACCUAUGAGCUCUACGAGAAAUUCACGGACGCAGUGUCACAUUGCCCGGAAGAAGGCCAACUGGCCCGAAUCCAAAAUGUUAUCCAGGAGCUUCCUCCAUCCCAUUACAGGACCUUGGAAUACCUGAUUCGGCACCUGGCCCACAUCGCCUCCUUCAGCAGCAAGACCAACAUGCACGCCAGGAACCUGGCCCUGGUGUGGGCUCCAAAUCUGCUCAGGUCUAAAGAAAUCGAAGCCACUGGUUGCAAUGGAGAUGCAGCUUUCCUGGCAGUUCGGGUCCAGCAGGUGGUGAUUGAAUUCAUACUGAAUCAUGUGGAUGAAAUCUUUAACAACGGCACUCCUGGGACUCUGGAGAACAAUGAAGACUGGCCCAUUGUGAAGAGCUUGACCCUGCCAGCACUGUCCCUGCCCAUGAAGUUGGUGAGCCUGGAGGAGGCUCAGGCCCGCAGCCUGGCUACGAACCACCCUGCUCGGAAGGAAAGGAGGGAGAACAGCCUGCCUGAGAUCGUCCCUCCCAUGGGCACCCUCUUCCACACUGUCCUUGAGUUACCAGAUAACAAGAGAAAGCUUUCCAGUAAAUCAAAGAAGUGGAAAUCAAUAUUCAACCUGGGACGUUCUGGAUCAGAUUCCAAAUCAAAGCUGAGUAGGAAUGGGAGUGUAUUUGUGAGAGGGCAGAGGCUCUCAGUGGAAAAGUCUACUAUCCGACCAGCUAAAAGCAUGGACUCCCUGUGUUCAAUGCCUGUGGAAGGAAAAGAAACCAAAGGAAAUUUUAAUCGAACAGUCACCACUGGGGGAUUUUUCAUUCCAGCCUCGAAAGUACACUCCAUCAGCACUGGCAGCUCCUGUGACCUCAGCAAGCAGGAGGGUGAAUGGGGCCAGGAGGGGAUGCCUGCGGGGGCAGAGGGGGGCUUUGAUGUGAGCAGCGGUGACCGAAGCCAGCUGCAGGGCGCUCAGGUCCGUCCUCCACCCGAGCAGCUGAAGGUGUUCCGGCCUGUGGAGGAUCCCGAGGGCGAGCAGGCAGCCCCCAAGAUGCUGGGGAUGUUCUACACCUCCAGCGAUAGCCCCAGCAAAUCCGUCUUCAGCAGCAGCCUAUUCCAGGUGGAGCCCUCACCACGACACCAGCGCAAGGCUCUGAACAUCUCGGAGCCCUUUGCAGUGUCCGUGCCCCUGCGUGUGUCAGCUGUCAUCAGCACCAACAGCACCCCGUGCAGAACGCCCCCGAAGGAGCUGCAUUCCCUCUCCAGCUUGGAAGAGUUUUCUUUCCAGGGCUCAGAGAGUGGGGCUUGGCCAGAAGAGGAGAAGCCACUGGGAGCUGAGACAUCUACAGUUUCUGUCACCAAGAAGACAGCUCCUGAGGCCAGCACACUGAAACCUGAAGUCCUGGGGACAAUGGAAUGUAGCCAAGCCCUUUCCCUGGAGCCAGGUACCCAGCUGGAGAAGAAAACCUCAGAAAUCGCCCAGGGCUCCCAGCAUUCAAGAGAAUUAGAGAAGAGGUUGAAUCCAGAGAAGGUGGUGGAGGAAGACAGAGAGGCUGGCCAGGUGGGACCCAAUGCUGCCCAGGAAAGCCCCAGGCCCAGAGCUGAAGUCAUAUUUCUCCACGAGAUGGAUGAAGAUGAUCUGGCCAAUGCCCUGAUCUGGCCUGAGAUUCAACAGGAGCUGAAAAUUAUUGAAUCUGAAGAGGAACUCACCUCGUUGCAAUCACCUACUCAGAAGAUCAACCCAAUUCAGCCAAUUCUAGAAUCUAGUCCUGGGCCCUUUCCUUCCAGGAGCUUGGCUUGUAGUUCCACCCCCUUGGAGGCAUGGACUAGGGACUCAACCAAUCAGAGUACACAGGGGGCUGCCACAGCAGUCAACAGAGAGAAGCUGGAGCCAACCAGCAACCUUCAUAGAUCUGAUCCUCAGCAGGGACUGAAUCUAGACCAUGCCAGUCUGGCUCCUCAGGAAAUAGUUCUGUUUGAGAAGGCAUCUCCACCCACAAACAUGGAGGUGAAAGGCCCAGGAAAUCUCUCUCCUCCACUUCCUUCUGCUCCUCCCCCUCCAACUCCACUAGAGGAGGCACCUCGAGACCUGCUAUCAAAGGGUGCACCUGAAAAAGAUCCAUCUAAGAUUUUGAGGACGAAUCCCUAUAUAGAGCAGCCCAAGUCCAAAGACAGCCCUGGAAUCCCUAUCCCCUGUCAGGGAGAUGAGGCUACUCUAAGACAAAAUGAAAAUGAAAAUUCAAAGAAUGCUGCUCCUGAGGGAAAAGACCCUGGUUUCCCAAACCUACCAAAGGAGGCCGAGAUUUCUCCACAAGGAGAGGGGGAUGUAGCCCAUUCAGUACAGGAGCCUUCAGACUGUGACGAAGACGACACUGUGACAGACAUUGCUCAGCAUGGCCUAGAAAUGGUGGAACCCUGGGAGGAACCCCAGUGGGUGACAAGUCCCCUUCACUCUCCUACCCUGAAAGAAGUAUAUGAAUCCCAGGUGCAGGGUUCCCAGAGCCACCGAUUGGAGAGGAGGCUUUGCCACAGACCUAGCCUCCACCAGAGUCAUUCUCUGGAUAGCAAAACCACUGUGAAGAGCCAGUGGACUCUCGAGGUUCCCUCCUCCAGCAGCUGUGCUAAUCUUGAAACUGAGAAUUCCGACUCUCUGCCACUCCUGGCAGCCAGGAGGGAGGUGGAUGAAUGGGAUGAGAAAGCACUGAGGUCCUUCAGAGAGUUCUCUGGCAUGAAAGAAGAGGUUCUUCCCAGCCAGAAGGGACCAGGUGGUGUACAACCCAAACCAGAAGACACCACCAUCAGCCUAACAGAGGGAAAGGAACAAGGGCCACACCUUAGGCACAGCAACCCCCAGGUUAAGCAAGGCAGUGUUCCUGGACCAGAGAGCAAGGAGAGUCCAUCUGGUGUUGAGAACAGGACCUCACCUGGAGAGCAUCCUCCAAAGUUACAGCUGAAGAGCACCGAAUGUGGGCCCUCAAAAGGGAAAAACAGACCUUCAUCCCUCAACUUGGACUCUGCAGUGCCCAUAUCUGACCUCUUCCGGCUUGAGAAUGGGGCCUCAUUUAGUUCACCUGGAAUGCAGCUUUCUGAGCCAGGAGAUCCCAAGGUCACCUGGAUGACCUCAUCUCACUGUAAAGCAGACCAGUGGAAGGUUUACUCCCGUGACUUCCAAGACCUGGACAUUGUUGCUCAUGCCCUGACAGGUCGCCGUAACUCAGCUCCUGUGAGUGUGUCAGCUGUGAGAACCUCCUUCAUGGUCAAAAUGUGUCAGGCCAAGGCAGUCCCAGUCAUCCCACCCAAGAUUCAGUACACACAGAUUCCACAGCCUCUGCCUUCUCAGAGCACAGGGGAGAGUGGGGCUCAGCCUCUAGAAAGGAGUCAAGAGGAACCCAGCUCAACUGGUGGGACUUCUCAGAAACCUGCUGAAGAAGAUUCUCCCUCCUCCCUGGAAAGCCCAAAGGAAGAGAAACCAAAGCAAGAUACGGGAGCCUUUAAGUCUCCACCAACGGACACCACUGCAUCCUGCAUGUGUGAGGAACCCACCGUUUCUCCAGAACCAGGCUUAUCUAACCAGCUCUCUACCCAGGAUGCCACAGUGCAGUGCAGAAAGCGCACAUCAGAGACAGAACCAUCUGGGGACAACCCUCUUUCUUCAAAACUAGAGCGACCAUCUGGGGGCCCUAAGUCUUCCCACAGGUCAAGGCCAGGAAGACCUCAGAGCCUAAUCUUAUUCAGUCCUCCUUUCCCCAUCAUGGACCACCUUCCCCCUUCAUCCACAGUGACAGAUUCCAAGGUCUUGCUUUCCCCUAUCAGAAGUCCCACACAGACAGUUUCCCCUGGCCUUCUUUGUGGGGAGUUGGCAGAGAACACAUGGGUCACACCAGAAGGGGUUACACUUAGAAAUAAAAUGACCAUCCCUAAGAAUGGCCAAAGACUAGAGACCUCAACCAGCUGCUUUUACCAGCCCCAGAGGAGAUCAGUGAUACUGGAUGGAAGAAGCGGGAGGCAAAUAGAGUGAUAUCAGUUUACCUGCUGGUCAUGAUUCAUCUGGAAGUUAUUACAGGUGCAGGUUAUCAAAGUUUGAGAUUAUUUCGGCCUCUGACAUCUCUUUUUUCAGGUUUUGAUCAUUCAUUAAUUAGUCCAUUUGCCAGAAGAGUGGUCAAGGCAAGGACCAAAAAGUGACAUUUCAAUACAUCUACAUGAGCAAGUGCAAAAGGUGAAGAAAGGGAAGAGGAUGGAAUGCCUGCUUUCAAUGAAAUUAUGGGCUUGUUUGUGAGCUGGGUAGUUAGGAGACCACACUAUCAUCUGUUACUGUUGAAAGCUGGCUGUGAUAAUGUCCUUUGAAAGAAUGAAAAAUCCUUUGCCUAUGUCAGAAAAAUGUUACUUAGAGAUGUGAAGGCCUCCUCUACCUUUUAAUGCUCUUUAAGAGCAUGUGUUCUUUUAGACUAGUUUCCUAGUAAGCUUUGUAAAAGUGCACUAUCCAAAAUAGAAGCAGAUUUGCAAAUACCAACUAACAUGCCACUUAGAUAUCUAAAUGGGUGAAAUUACCCAUGCUUUCCCCAUCAUCCCUACAGACCUGUCCAAAAUGACUGCACACCAGCACAGAAAGUCACCAUCUGUACUCAAGAGCAAACCCUAAGACUGGCACCAUCCACAAAGACUUUCUGGCUUUCAUUAACUUGGGACUUCAGCUGCCACUGUACUGAAUUAUGAUUUAUAAAUCUGGUAGCUGGCAGAGUGGGGGCUGAGCUGAGGAUUACCUUAAGGAAACAUUGAAAUCUUUAUGUAGUGAAGUGUGGUAUCAACUUUGUUAACAGUAUCAGAAUCUAAGUACCAAUGUCAUCAUAGAGAAAAGUCUCAUGCAAAGGCACAACUACACUGCUAACUUGAUGCGUUUAAAUUGGUGGGACAUAAGCAGAAAGGCUCGAGCCUUUCUUCUUCCACACUAGGCUGGGCCCAGUAGGACAGGAAGGGAUGCAGGGAGGAGCCUACCAGAGUGGCCAUCACUACCACUCACUGGUAGCUGUCCUCCUUGAAAAUGAAUUCUAUUUUAGCCAGUGGGUCCAUUCAUUCCUUCCUUCCUUCCUUCCUUCCUUCCUUCCUUCCUUCCUUCCUUCCUUC